GCUUUGAUUAAAUGGCAAAAUGAAAUCAAUGUUAUUUUCUUGAUUAUUUCCAUAUUUCUUUGACAUUUCACAAUGAGUGAUUUCAUAAAGUCUGCCAUUGGAAUAUUCAGUAAUUCUUCUGGCGGGCAUGAUAAUGAUUUCGUUGGCCAGUAUGUUGAAUUGGGUGAUCAAAAGCUGCGAAUCCGAAAAGUAAUUGCUGAAGGUGGCUUUGCAUUUGUUUUUGUUGCACAAGAUCUGGCUUCUGGGAAAGAAUAUGCUCUAAAGAGACUGCUUGCAAACAGUGAAGAGAAGAACAAAGCCAUCGUCCAGGAAGUCUGUUUCUUGAAAAAACUGUCAGGACAUCCGAACAUUGUCUCGUUUAUUUCUGCUGCGACAAUUGGGAAGGAAGAAUCAGACCAUGGUCAAUCAGAAUACCUUAUACUCACAGAGCUUUGCUCAGGGGGUCAGUUGGUUGAUGUGUUGGCAUCACUCCCUAAGCCCCUGACUUGCGAUGAAGUCAUACAGAUAUUUGCACAGACCUGCAAGGCAGUGCACCACAUGCAUAAACAGAAACCACCAGUCAUCCACAGAGAUUUGAAGAUUGAGAACCUGUUACUAAGUUCUCGUGGUUUCAUCAAGUUGUGUGACUUUGGAAGUGCCACGUCUAAGGCUCACUAUCCUGAUCAUUCCUGGUCGUCAAUCAAGAGGAGUAUGGUUGAAGAUGAAAUCACGCAGAACACAACGCCAAUGUAUCGAACCCCCGAGAUGUUGGAUCUCUAUCUCAAUUUCCCCAUUAACGAAGCAAUGGAUAUCUGGGCAUUGGGGUGUAUCUUGUUCACCCUCUGCUUCAAGGAGCACCCGUUUGAAGACUCAGCCAAACUCCGCAUCAUCAAUGCUAACUACACCAUCCCAGCUUCAGAUCAGGAGUUUGUAGUCUUGCAUGAUAUGAUUCGUUCUAUGCUUCAAGUUGAUCCUCGUGAUCGUCCCAACAUUACUGACCUUGUGUCAAGGACACAGGAGAUAGCUGAAGCGAGGAAUGUCAACCUCAAAGGACCGGUUCAGAUUGCUGGAGCCAUCUUGAGACAGCCUCCGACCCCUGAGAGGAAAGUCUACCAAAGCCCAGUGGUUGAAGACUACAACCAGCAGCAACAGCAGUCUGGUACGGCCAGUUCAUUGUUCAGUUCCCUCAGAGGGGGUGCCGGUAGUCUCAUGAAAAAUAUCAAGGAUGCCUCAAGCAAGGUGAUGGAGACGGUGUCAGCCACAAUAAAUAAAGGAGAUCUAGACAUCAAUUAUGUUACAACAAGAUUACUAGUGAUGUCCUACCCAGCUGAGGGAAUAGAAACUGCAUAUCGCAACCACAUAGACGAUGUCCGAUGCUACUUAGAUGCCCGCCAUCCUAGUUCAUAUGCAGUCUACAACUUGUCACAGAGACAGUACAAAAAUAUCAAGUUCCAAAAUAGGGUAUCUGAGUGUGGCUGGCCGGCAAGAAAAGCCCCGUUGUUGCACUCCCUCUUUGCCAUCUGUAAAAACAUGCAUCUUUGGUUACGGCAGAAUCAGAAGAAUGUCUGUGUCGUGCAUUGUGUGGAUGGGAAGGCCAUCUCGGCGACGGUCGUCGGUGCAUUCCUGUCAUACUGUCGUCUCUUCCCUGAUGUCUCCUCGUCAAUGCAUUUAUUUUCGGCAAGGCGUUGUAACCCUGGUCUCUCAGCAUCACAGAGCAGGUAUAUCGGCUACAUAUGUGAUAUGGUUGCCCCAGAGCCUGUCUUGCCACACAACAAGCCCAUCAUGCUGGUCACAGUGUCAAUGUCUCCGGUGCCACGGUUUAACAAAAUGCAAAAUGGAUGUCGACCAUUUGCAGAAGUGUAUCUUGGUGAGGACCGAAUACUCAGUACAUCACAGGAAUAUGAGAAGAUGAAGGGCUUCAGCAUUGAUGAGAGUCGCGCAUUCAUUCCGUUGAACAUCUCUGCCAUGGGUGAUGUUACCAUAGUCAUAUACCAUGCAAGGUCAACAUUCGGAGGGAAAGUGCAGGGAAAAGAUUUUGUGGCUAUGCUGGGACUUCAAUUUCAAAAGAUCACUUCGAUGAAGAUCUGUCAGUUCCAGUUUCACACAGGUUUCAUUAAACCUGAUGCAAAGACUAUGAAACUGAAAGUGCGAGACUUGGACCAACUCGACACACCAGACAAAUACCCUGAGGACUUCACGGUCACACUCGACGUCAUUCCCUCUCCAAAUCAGCGGCCGAGGACCAAGGACCAGACCUACCCCUGGGAUAAUUUCACUCCCAAGGGUUUGAGCCCUAAGCUGCUAUUCCUUGACCGGGAAGAGAUGAACCAGGUGAUUUCAGACUACAGUCAAACGCCAAGAAGGAAGCCAUUAAGUCGAUCAUCAAGUGAAGCAUCUCAGAGUCCUGAGCAUGUGAGAGCAUCUCCCAUACCAGGGUCACCUGCUCGACAGCCUUCCCCUGCCCCGGCAAGGAAGGAACCACCUCGUUCUCCUGCACGGGGUCCGUCUCCCAAGCCCACCCAGCAGCCAGCACGUGGCAAUGGCACACCACAGCAUAAUUUCUUCUCCAAUUUAGACUGGGAGGACUCUACUGAUCAAGAGCAGAGUGAUAGUUCUGCCCCACCACGGCCUCCACCUCCCAGACAACGCAAUGACACUGAUGAGGAAUUUGCUGCCAUGACGCAGGCUCGAGUCUUGGGACCAGAUGAUGAUGUUCCAAGCGGAUAUCAGUCUCUGCAAGGAUUGAAUGGAGACUACAAACCGAAGGAUUCUAAUGUGGAUUUAUUUGUGUCGGAUUUCAGUGACGGGUCUGCCAUGUCUGCACCCAAGGCUACAGAGGAUACCGCAGACUUGUUGAAUCUUGGUAGUGGCAGUAACGGGAAUGAUGUGGCGGAUGUAACAAACAAUGUAGAUUUGAUGAACAUAAAGGAACCUACUAACUUUGAUCUUCUCAUUGGCAAUACAAAGCCAGCAGGGAAUCAGGGGGUGAACCAGGAUUUGUUUGGUGGCUUAGGUGGCAAUGAUUUCGAUCCCUUCCAGCAAGCACCACCUAAACGUUCUCCUUCCCCAACCCCUGUAGUGGUGCGGAAACAACCGGAUGAUCUGUUUGAUCCAUUCCAGUCCUCCAGUAAAAAUACCAAUAGUAGUGACUCUUAUGGAGACUUUGAUCUGUUUAACCAAGGUUCUAGUGCAACACAACCAAAGUCGUCAGACUUUGUCAACUUUGAUCCAUUCCAAGACACGUCUCAAAGAUUGGGUAGUCCUCAUCAUGCCUCUAAAGCAGGGGAAAGUAAAACAGAUGAUUUAUUGAAUUUGAAUUUCUUGGAUAAGCCUAGCCCUGGGAUGUCUCAAAAUCACAGUUCACCAAACCUCAUGGCAGACCUUGGCUCAUCUAACCAGAGUACUGGUAGUUUGCCAGCCAAGAGCAGUGGACCUACAGGGAUGGCAGGAGGUCCUGCGAGAGGCUCAAGUCCGAGUCAUCAACCAAAAGGUGGCAAAGCUGAUCCAUUUGCUGAUUUUGGAAACUUAACCGGAUUCGGUAGCAGUUCGGGGGCCAGCAAGCCAGCAACCCAACCAGCAGCUAACAAUAUGGGACAAAAACAACCGUGGCAAAGUAACCAAUCCAAGUCGCAACAGCCGAGCUAUGGUGGUGGGUGGCAGCAAGCUCCACCCCAGCAGUCCCAGCAACCCCAGCAGCCUAAAGCAGCUCCAACCCAACCCAACUAUGGCAGGCAGAACUUCUCCAGUGUUCUGGGUGGAAGAGAGGAAAGAGGAGUCAAGAAGCCAUUCGGCCCGAAGCCAGCUGUAGGCAAUCAUGCAUUUGAAGAUCUGCUCGGCGGUCAUGAGUUUUCAUCCAGUAAGAGUAAUGAGCCAAAAUCUAUCAAAGAGAUGAGAAAGGGCACGGAAUACGAAGAGACAGACCCAGACAAACGCAAGAUAAAUGAGUGGACAGAAGGUAAAGAGAGGAACAUCCGUACACUUCUGUGUUCAUUACACAAGAUACUGUGGGAUGGUACGCGUUGGAAGGAGGUCGGUAUGGCAGAUCUAGUCCAGGGUGAUCAAGUCAAGAAAGCCUAUAGGAAGGCUGUGUUAGCUGUACAUCCUGAUAAGAUGGUUGGUGGACCCCAUGAGGAAUUUGCCAAAUUAGUGUUUAUGGAGUUGAAUGAUGCCUGGUCAGAGUUUGAGGAGCAAGGAAUGAAAUCACUCUAUUAGUGCAAAUAUGACCAAUAAAUACUGAUACAUGUCAAGAUUACUAGACACACCAGGAUCACUGCUUUUGGUUGACCAUGUUUCAGCAGGUCAUCACACAGAUGCAAGAUCAUAUGGCCUAUUGAAAUGAUUGUAAUCAUAAACUUGUUAUCUUGUCAUUAUCUUGAUAAGUUUGGCGCUAACUCUUAACUCGUAACUUAUUCCACCGCAAGAAGUCUAGUCUUCAGAGGUAGAAAUGUACAAAAUUAUUCUCUUGAGAUUGACGUUAUAUUCCUAUUAGUUGAAUCACAGGCAACACUUUUAUGUCACAUCAUGGUUUUCUCAGAUGUGAAUUGGUUGUAUGGAUUGCCAUGUUUCUUUUUGCAUUAGCUUCAUGAGAUCCCAUGACAUACAAUGCAAAACCAUCCAAUCUCCUAAUGUUGUCUCAGCAGGGCAGCCUGUACUAUUCCUUCAUACCAUAUGGCCUUAUGUAUCAUCUGUAAUGUGUAUGCAUGAGGAAAUGGGUCACCAAUUACUUAGAUACAUUUGUAAUUAGCCAUUGUCUAAACGCGUUGCAUUUGGAAUAUUAUUAAGACAGUCAGUCAAAGUCUCCUGAGCAUGAUAUACAGUACUGGUACACAUAUUUGUAUUAAUUGAAUCGUAAGAUUUUUAUGUUCUUGUGGUAUUAAUGAAUAUUGUGUAGUUCAUUAUUUUGGACUUGAGCAAAACAUUGUGAUAAGGACUUUAGAUGUACUGUAGGCACCUCAUGAGUAAGCACCAAAAUAUGAACUUAGUAAAUGUUGGUAAAUCUUCCUUGAUGUACAAAUUGUUCACUUUAGUUAGUGUAAAAGCAUGAGUGGCCAACUUAAGACCUGUGCUUAGUUUGUAAAGCCUAAAAAAUUCAUCCAUUUGAGAAAACACAUUAACUGACAAAGGUCGAGUAUCUGGUAAAAUUAGAUUUGUCAUUGAAGAGGUAUUUAGGGAGAUAGUCAUAUUCCCUUCUAUUAGUAAGCCUGCCUAGUCUAUAGUUUGCCAAGAGCUUUUGGCCUAAGUUAUUGAGGAACACAGUGUAACUGUUGGUGUUCAAUCAGUUAUACCUGGUAUACAAACAGAGAAGGCCUUUAAGUAUGUUAGGAUAACAGAAGUGUGAUAACUGAUGUGAAUGUGGAUUGUAAAAUCAUUGAUAAAAUUUGUAUAUAAUCAGCACAAAUUGAUGUAAAUAAUCAAAUGAACUGUAAAACAGUGACUGUUCCUCAUGGUGAGAAUUUAGUGGUGAUUGAUGUAAACAGGGCUAGUCCAUCUGGUAGUGAUCUAUAAACUUGAGAAGUGAUAGAUUUUGAUGUACACAUACUGUACACAUUCCAUGCCAAUUGAUAAAGUUUUCAUCCCUGCCUUUUGCUUCAUUGUCCUCACACCCAAAAACAUUUGUUUGGGGGUCUGAGGUGAUUUUAUACCACUGGUGGGGGCGUGAAUAGCUCCAGCUGUUCUUGCUGAUAUCUAAUACACAUGUAGGUAUUGUAUUAAACCUGAAUUGCAAAUCUGACAAUAUACGUGUACCACUAAAUAAAGAUGAUUUAAAUAUUCAACAGCGUGCGAUUCAAAUUCACAGUUAGAAUGUUUACACGGGGUUGGUUUUUGAGCUCAGUUGAAACCUUGCUGCCAUCAUUCCUAAAAUGAGCAUUCCUGAUUCUUAUGUAUAAGGGCUUACCACGGUUAUAUGCUAUUUCCAAUAGCCCAGUGUAACAGUCUGACUCAGGAUCUGUCAUGAUUAUCAAGAUGUUAGAUCUGGCCUGCUUUUAUGUAGAAAGUUUAAGGUGGCUCCUGGCCUGUUUAACAGUAUCACUUUAGAUAAUUGGAUCAAAUUACUGUAGUCCCCAAAGUGAAUGGUGUCCUAAAUAGAGGUUCCAUUGUACUGGUUGUAUAUUUUGUUGAUGAUAAGUUUUAGAGGAAUCAUAAUUCAUAAGUGAGUUGUUAACUAUCUUUGGCAUGGAUAAAGGAGAGUAUAAAUUAUAGUUUAACAUAAAAACUGAAUGUAAUUAUGAAAGAUAUCAAAUAAAUGUAUGAAUUGUUAGUAAAGAUCAAA